AUGGACGAGACCCUCCAGAAGUCGGUCGCCGCGUCCGUCGGCGCGGUCGUCACGUCGUGUGUGUGCGCGUGUGUGUUUAUAGCGCUGGAAGUGGUCAAGACGCGCUUGCAGGUGCAGGCGCCAUCUGUCGUCCACGCGACUCCUGCCGUGCUAAAGUGUCCGUACUACAGUUUCUCCAAUGGGCUCAUGGACACGAUGCUGCCCAAGCAGCGGCUAUUGAGGCAGUGCAAGUGCUCGCCACAGCAGAUCUGUUGGCCCGCCAAGCCCGACAGUGUGUUGCACACCAUGGCGCGCAUUGUGCGGCUUGAGGGCCCGCUGGCUCUGUACGCUGGACUGCCGCCGACGCUGUUGACCGCCGUGCCCUCGACGGCCGUGUAUUUCACGUCGUACGAGCUUCUCCUCGAGAAGCUACAAGAGACGUACCCGGAGCAGUCGCAUGGGCUGCUGGCAAUGGCGGCUGGCAGCACGGCCCGUGCCGCUGCUGCUACGAUGUUCUCCCCGUUCGAGCUCAUCCGCGUGCAGAUGCAAGCUUUCGCCAACGCACUCCCGUUCACGACAUACGCGCGGCAAGUGUGGCAAGGAGGUGCACGGCAGCUCUUUGCAGGACUGGGCGCGACGCUCGCGAGGGACAUUCCGUUCUCGGCGUGUUACUGGUGUGGCAUUGAGACCUCAAAGAGAUACUUGUCGAAGCGCGUGCCGAGUGCCGACGACCGUCAACAGCAGGUCGCCAUUGCACUCGUGUCGGGCGUGCUGGCUGGAACGCUCGCGACGCUCGCAACGCAUCCACUCGACGUGGUCAAGACACGGUCUCAGCUACUGCUCUACUCGACAGACGCGGCUUCUGUGCCGUCAAUCCCGCAGCUGGUUCGCAAGGUGUGGACAGCAGAAGGCGUGCGGGGACUGACGGCUGGACUCGUCCCACGCGUCGUGAAAGUCGCACCGGCCUGCGCCAUUAUGCUGUCGUCGUACGAGGCGACGAAACGUGCGUUCAGCCCGCGCUGA